AUGGUUGAUGGAAAACCAAUUAGUCUCGGUCUUUGGGAUACGGCAGGACAAGAAGAUUAUGAUAGAUUACGUCCGCUUUCGUAUCCUCAAACUGAUGUUUUUUUAAUUUGUUUUUCUUUAGUUAGUCCUUCUUCUUAUGAAAACGUUAAAAGCAAGUGGUAUCCUGAGAUUAUGCAUCAUACAACUAACACUCCACUUAUUCUUGUUGGCACCAAGCUUGAUCUUCGUGAAGAUAAAGAAACAAUUCAAAAAUUAAAACAAAUGACUAAUUUAUAUGCUUUAUGUGGUCAUCUUCCAGAUGAAGAUGAAUAA